CCCAGAUGUGUUUAUUCUUUCAGUGUGGCAGCAGAAGCAGGGGAUAAAACUUGUGGUGAGAUCUGAACUCAGAUCAGAUUCCCACGAGACCAGAGUCCACCUGCAAGCAUUUCAACACAACAUGAUCUUCAUUAUCUUCAUCGUUUUAUUCCCACCAGCUCAGCUCCAGGACUCCCGGGACUUCCAGGUCUUCCAGGAGCUCCAGGACCCCCAGGACCUCCAGUGCUCUGGCGGCUCUUGUAACCCACAGCUCGGCGACCUGAUGGUGGGUCGAGUGGCUCAGCUAUCAGCCUCAUCCACCUGCGGUCUGAAUGGACCCCAGAACUACUGUAUCAUUGGAUACCUGGAGGAGGAGCAGAAAUGUUUCACAUGUGACUCACGGCUGCCGUACAAUCACUAUGGUAACCCCAACAGCCACCGCAUUCAGAACGUCAUCACGACCUUUGACCCUGACAGGAAAAUGAAGUGGUGGCAGUCUGAGAACGGAGUUCAUCAGGUCAGCAUCAGGCUGGAUCUGGAGACCGUGUUCCAGUUCAGUCAUCUGGUCCUCACCUUCAAGAGUUUCCGUCCGGCAGCCAUGUUGGUGGAGCGUUCAAAGGAUUUCGGACGGAGUUGGAAAGUUUUUCGUUACUUUGCAGAAGAUUGUUCACUUAAUUUCCCUUCAGUGUCCGACCAGCCAGCCAACAACAUUGAUGACAUCAUCUGUGACAGCAGAUACUCCGGAUCAGAGCCAUCCACUGACGGAGAGGUGGUGCUGAAAGCUUUGGAUCCCAUCUUUGAAAUAGAAAACCCAUAUGCGGCCAACAUCCAAGAUCUGAUCACCUUGACAAAUAUCCGUGUUAACUUCACUCGUCUCUUCACUUUGGGCGACACUCUGCUGUCUCGGAAACGUAGAAACCCUCAGGAGAAAUAUUACUACGCUCUUUACAACAUGGUGGUCCGAGGCAGCUGUUUCUGUCAUGGACAUGCUAGCCAGUGUACACCUGUGGACCCAAGACGAGGGGACGUCUUCACCCAGACUGGCAUGGUUCAUGGUCGAUGUCUUUGCCAGCACAACACGGCCGGAGAGAAUUGUGAGAGAUGUCAGGACUUUCACCACGACUCCCCCUGGAGGCCUGGAGGAGAAAAUACAGACGACAUCUGCAGGAGAUGUAACUGUCACGGUCACACGGACUCAUGUCACUUUGAUGUUGCUCGUUUUGACGCGACUGGUGGCGUAAGUGGCGGAGUGUGUGAUGACUGCCACCAUGGAAGGAUGGGGCCUCAGUGUGAACAAUGUCGACCUUUUCUGUAUCAGGACCCACAGAGAGCGGUGGACGACCCACACGCCUGCAUUCCAUGUGACUGCAACCCGGCUGGUUCUCAAGGUGGCGGUCUGUGUGACCCUCUGAGUGGUCAAUGUUUCUGUAAAGAAAAUGUGGAUGGUCAACACUGCGAUCGCUGCAAACAUGGCUUCUUCAAUCUGAGACAGGAUGACUCAGCCGGCUGUCAGGCAUGCAGGUGUCAUGUUUUGGGAAGUGUCGGGUCAUGUGAUCAGCUGACAGGAAGUUGUGAAUGUGACCAUUUGGCAAGUGGACCACUGUGUGACCGCUGUGUGGCAGGUUUCUGGGGUUUGGGAAACUCAAGGUUCAGAUGUUCACCCUGCGACUGUGAUAUUGGAGGAGCUCACAGCAGCACGUGUUCGCUGGAGGACGGACAGUGUCACUGUUUACCAAAUAUGGUCAGUCGGCGCUGCUCUGACCCUGCCCCCGGGUACUUCCUGCCUCCACUGGACUACUUCCUUUAUGAGGCAGAGCUUGCUGCUCCACUGUAUACAGGAAUCUCUUCUUCACUGUUGAAUCCAGCUAUUUUACCAAGGUGUGAGCAGCAUUAUCGAGAGCAGGGUUACGACUUUCAGUUCAUCAACGGACGAGUGGUUCUGGUUCGGAGGACUCGAAGACGCACCCGCCAGAGGAGACAGGGACAGGUGGGACAUCUGAUACACUUUUGCUUUGACCAGGGGGGAAGUCCCAGUCUGUCCUUUCAGCCAAUCAGAUGCUCAGUGUCACUGAUGUUUGUUUGCAUCCUGCAGCAGGGCAGCAUCUCUUUGGACCCGGGUCACGCCCUCCAGAUCAUUCCCCGUAAGAGAACAGCUGAUCAGCCAAUCAGCUGGACCGGCCUGGGAUUGGUCAGAGUGCUGGAUGGGGCGGGGCUUAGGUUCACUGUGGACAACCUCCCAUUAUCGAUGGAUUACCAACUGGUGAUUCGCUACGAGCCGGAGGCUCCGGCUGACUGGCUGGCUUCAGUCAGCAUUACCACAGAGUCGCCGGGUGACGGCAGCUGUAGCAGCAACCCAACAGGAAGUAAACCUCUGAUUCUUCCUGGAAAUUCCAGAGGGGGUGUUCUGGACUCUCCGGUGUGUCUGAAUGCAGGCGGUCGGUACUUUGUGGAUGUUGUCUUUAACAAACAACCUGAAUCUGACAGCUCCUCCAGCUCUCACAUCCUGAUCGAUUCGAUGGGUCUGAUUCCCAACAUUGAGUCUCUUCAAGAUUUCUGCUCCCAGAGUGACCUCGACUCUUUCCACCGCUUUCGCUGCAUUGGAUUGGCUGCCGAGCUCAGUCCACAGGAGUCACUAUCAGAAGUCUGUGAGGGACUCAUCAAGAGCAUGUCAGCACGAAUCAACAACGGAGCUGUUCUUUGCAGGUGUAACAUUGUUGGCUCUCUCGGACCAUCCUGCAGUAAACUGGGAGGAUUUUGUGAAUGUAAACCCAAUGUGAUUGGCCAUUGCUGUGAUACCUGUGCACCACUAACAUUUGGCUUUGGACCCGAUGGCUGCAAACCCUGUGAGUGUGAACCUCUUGGUUCGGUGUCAGAGUUGUGUGAUCAGGUCAGAGGUCAGUGUGCAUGUCGUUCAGAGGUAACUGGUCGACGCUGUGAUCGCUGUCAGACGGGAUUCUGGGGUUUCCCGUUCUGUCGACCUUGUGAAUGUAACGGACUGUCGGAGGUCUGUGAUGAAGAGACUGGAGAGUGUCUGAACUGCAGGGAGCACACCACCGGACCACAAUGUGACAGGUGUGUGGAGGGUUACUAUGGUAACCAUGUUUCAGGACAGACCUGUCAGCCCUGCCUGUGUCCGGACAUUCACAGCAGUGGACGAUUCUUCGCCAUUUCCUGCCACCACGACCCACAAUCCCUCAGUCUAGUCUGUGACUGCAGGGAGGGGCACACAGGUCCACGCUGUGACAGAUGCAGCAGUGGUUUAUAUGGCAACCUGGCAUUGCUAGGUACCAGAUGUGAGGUGUGUCCCUGUAACAACAACAUUGACCCAGAUGAUCGUGAUGCCUGCGACAGUGUGACGGGAGAAUGUCUGCGCUGCCUCCACAACACAAUGGGACCACAAUGCCAAGACUGCAAACCUGGUUACUACGGCUAUGCCCUGGACCAGGACUGCAAAGAGUGCUCCUGUGACCGGCGGGGGACAAAGGUGACUCAGUGUCCUCUGGGGAGUCCCUGUUUUUGUGAUUCUAGGACUGGACAGUGUCCAUGCAGGACAGGGGUGGUGGGUGUCCUCUGUGAUGAGUGUGAGGAUGGAUACUGGAACCUGGACGGAGCAUCUGGAUGUCAACCCUGCCGCUGUGAUUCUGCAAACUCUUUCUCCAACAUCUGCGACAAGGUGACAGGACAGUGUCCAUGUCGUCCCGAGUUUGGAGGAAGACAGUGUGAUGAAUGUGGAGAAAAUCAUUUUGGGAAUCCAGACCUGCAGUGUAUCUCUUGUGACUGUAACAUGGAGGGAACAGAGCGUCCGUCAUGUGACCCUGAAACCGGCGAGUGUAUGUGUCGAAUUGGUGUCACAGGUAUUUUCUGUGAUGAGUGCGCCCCUGGCUAUGACUCGGCAUUCCCAGCCUGCAAGGAAUGCCACCCCUGCAAUGCACUCUGGGCCGAAAAUGUCACAGACGUCCAGCGAGCGACCCAGAGGAUGAGAACCUUCAUUCCUCGCACCAAUGACGAACUGCAGCCGGGAGACAGUCCCCACUGGCAAUGGAUGCUGGAGAUGCAUUCGAAGCUGGAUGGCCUCUCUAACCUGACAGGACUCUCCCCACCAAAGGUGGAGAAAGCUGAGAAGCUGUGUGCGAUGAUCAGGAAGCUUAAAGAUGCCAUCGACCCGAAUAUAAUCCUGAUUGAUCCGGCUCCUCUCCUCAACACUGAAAUUGACAAUAUCCGUCUGGAGUUCAAGAAGCUGCUGAAUAAAUUGAAAGAAAGAGUCUUUGAGGAUCCAGUUGAUGAAGAUGAAGACCUGGAGGAGCUCCUGGAGGAGAUCCAGAAGCUUCAUAAAGCCUUCAUGUUGGACGAAAAGAGAGUAAGAAAAGCCAGCAAAGCUCUGGAGGACUCCAUGGACACCAGACAGGAAGUCAAACUUAAACUGAGAACAUGCAGCAAAGGAGACCUGGUGCCACUGGAGAAGAAGGUCAAAGAGCUCAGCGCAGUCUACCUCAACAAAAAGAUCUGUGGAGAACCAGGUCAGGAGGACUGCUCAGGGUGUGGUGGAGCUCUGUGUGACCUGGAUCUCGGCAAAAGGAAAUGUGGAGGUCCAAAAUGUGAUGGGAUUGUUCCUGUCAGUCAGAAAGCUUCAGAGAUGGCAGAGAGAGCGAAGGACAAACUCACCACACUCCCAUCCAGACUGCAGGUGUCCAUGAACAAGAUCAAUGAUGCCAAACAGGCAGCUCAGGACACCAAAGACCAGGCCAAAGAGCUGCAGGAUCGGAUCAACAACAACAUAGACUCCUUCGAGAGGGAGAAGAAUAAAACCAAGGAGCUCAUCCAGCGAGUCAAAGACUACCUGAUGGAUGAGAUGGUUCCUCCAGAGGACAUUGAGAAACUGGCCCGAGCUGUUCUGGACAUCCAGCUUCCCCGAUCACCCGAUCAGAUCCGAUCAAUGAUCAAUGACAUCAAUAAUCUGCUGUCCAAUGCUACCAAUUUCCAAGACAACUUAAAGAACCUGGAGGAGCACGCCAAGAAUGCCCAGGACCUGUUGCAGAAAGCUCAGGAUAUCAGGGAGCGCACAAAAAACGUUGAUGUAACAGAGAUCAAGCAAGACAUUUAUGAAGCAGAGAAAGCUCAGGACAAAGCCAACGAUGAUCUGGAAACGGCCAGCAAUGACAGAGACAUGACAAGAGACAGAGUCCAAGAUACUAAAGACAAACUGGAUGAAAUUGAGACAAAGCUGAUGAACCGCCAACCUGAAGAUCUGCAGGACAAGAUUGAAGCCCUGAAGAAGAAAACUGAACUGAACCAAGAAACAGCGGGAGAAGCCCAAGAGACAGCAGAGUCUGCAUUAAACAACAGUACUGACACUGAGAAGGAGCUGGACGAUGUGAUGAGGCUAUUUGAGGUUCUAAAGCAGAAUAAAACAAGUCAGGAGGUACAUGGUGAAGCUGGAGAACGACUUAAGAAGAUGAUGGAGGAGGUAGAGACGAUGAAGAGACAGAUGGAGGACAAACUCAGACAGAUACAAGAUGUGGAGGAGAAGAUCCAUCAGCUGAUCAGGAGUAAAGAGGAGAAAGCAGCUGAAGUGUCCUUGUUGUUGGAGACGGUGGAUUCACUGCGAAAAGAAAUCUCAAAACGAGCUGAAGAAUCCAUCAGCUGUACUACAUAAAUACAACCCAGUACUACAUACUGAAACACAGAUCCCCAUAAAGAGUACUGAGUACUCUUGUGACCUGUUUGGGGGUCUGGACCUUAAUGUCGUUGUUUUUAUUGUCAGAAGGGUUAGUGUUAGGGUUAAUCUUCACUCAAUAUAAUUAUUUUAAAUGACUUCCUGUCUAAAUCUGAACAUUCAAAUUUGUAUGUUUUCUCUUAUUUGUUAAAUGUUUUGUUUGCUUCAUAUAUUCCAUUAUUAAAAUGUGGUGUUUUAUU